AGGUGUCCAAAACACAUCAUACUUUUCUAUGUUCAACCACCUAAUGAAGUGUUAAUUAAUUCAUAAUUCUAAGUAGUGUAUACUAAGUAUAAGCAUUAAUGCGAAAUUCUUUAAAAAAUAUUAAUAUUCUAAGAUCACAGACGAGGUAUAGGAUAUAUAAAAGUGAAAGGAGUAUACAAUAGAUAUGGAGGAAAUAUAGUACAGAAGAAGGGACUGCAAGGCCAAGAGUAUCAUAUGAUCGACACGUUUUAUAUUUAAUAUUAUAUUUUCUGUAAUCAAAGAAAUAAAAUGUAAUGUAUGUGCAUCAAUUCUCGCAAUCAUUUCCUUGCGUUAUCUUCGAACAUUGCGUUAUUCUAUUUCAUGCAGUUUUUCAGUUAAUCGUCAGUUAGUACUAAAAAGUUGACAUUCUCAGUAUCAAUGUCUAAAUCAAUAUUUGAUCGGUACAUUUGUUCUCAGUGGAACAAAUGUAUCUUUAUUCGCUAAACAGUCGACUCAAUAAUUGCGGUUACCGCUACGAUGAACACCCUGUAUACUUAUUCGAGGUGAGGACUGUUGGCAAACGGUUAGGUUAGGUCAGCGGAUACGUUUACAGCUAAUUUCAGUAUGAGUUCGCAUAUGCAGGGACUGUUUCCAAUACAAAUUUUAUAACCACCCGGCAAAAGAAAAACAAUUUUCUAUCCAUGAACGUUUCAGUUGUGAUGUGCGUUAUGGAAUUUUUCGUUCGUCACGUUCUAACGUACAAUAAUUUUAAGUGAUAGUCGAUCGUAAGACGACCUUUGUGAAGGCUUAGUGUGCAUGCGCUACGUGCACUCGAUCGAGAAAGUGGUGUUACUUUACCCGAGGCAUAUGACGGACGGUGCGAGUAUUGUUUUUAAUUUCAAGAAAAAUUGGCAGCAAGAACUGGCCAGAUGAAGAUAAUGUCAGAUGAUGAUGUUGCAUUGGACUCAAUGGAUACAGAAGAAGAUAUUUUUUCUCCAAGAACUCGCCGUCUUAGCUCUAAUGUUAGACGGGUUAAAAGUUUACGUACUUUAAGGUCACAUUCGACCAGUAAUUCCCAUAUAUCUAUGAAUAAUUCAAGCGUUCGUCGUAGUACCCGUAACAGAAUGCAAACAUAUGAUAAUCUUAAUACUAGUUGGAUUUUAGGAACACAAACAUUAAAAGGUUAUCCUAUGUUUCAACAACAUGGUUCUUCAUCUGAUAAAGAUAUGGUGGAUGAAGUUCCAGAAAGAAAACGUGAUCUCAAAGAGCGUAUGCCUCUCAGAUCACGUGAAAAUCAUCCUCCUAACAAGAAUUCAUCAAGGCAUAUAAGGGAAAGAACAGAACAUGAUAGACAAAGUAGUAGAGAGCUUAGAGGUAGGUCUGAUCGUGAUCUUAGAGAAAAAACAGAGCAAGAGAAAGAUAUUAGGGAACUUAAAGAUAGACAAGAGCGAGAAAGAACAGACAGAGAGCAUAAGGAUAAAAUAGAGACAAGAAGUAAAUCACACAUAGAAAAAGAUGUAAGAACGAGUAAAUCUGAUAGUCCCAGCAGACUUAAAGAAGGGCCUGUAACAAGACUUGGUGGAAAUUUAGUUGAAAAAGAUGAAAAGCCUAAAGUGGAUCAAGAUGAAGCUGACGAGGACAGCUCACAAGAAAGCGAGAAAGUGGAAAACAAUGAUAAUUCCGAAAACGAAGAUGGCUAUGAAGAUAUGUACACGCGCAUUAAACGAACUAGAAGGACAGUACAACGACAGUUACCGAGGGGUAAGAAGCUUACAGUGGUAGAUAGUGAUUUAAGUGAAUCUUCGGAUUCUCCUGGCCCUAGAAAGUACAGUUUACGACAAAAAAAGCCAGCUGUAGAUAGAUUUCAAGCUAACGUAGAACCAGUUCGACGAUCUAUAAAAGCGCUUAGAAGUGUUCUUAGUAAUUCCAUGAGGAGGCGUAAACAUAGAAGCAAAAGUACAAGCUCUAGUGACUCUAGCGAUUCAGAACCUCAACGCUACGAUAAGAAGAAAAGCAAGAAAGCAAGACAAUCGGCAAUACCUCAAGGUGGACCACCAGAUCGUAAAGCAGAUAUAAAUCCAAUUACUUUAGAUACUAACAUUAGGUUCAAUGAUGUUGGAGGCUUAGAGUCACAUAUUCACUGCCUUAAAGAAAUGGUUGUUUUUCCUAUGAUGUAUCCAGACGUUUUCGAACGUUUUCAUAUUACUCCGCCAAAGGGAGUACUAUUUCAUGGUCCACCAGGAACUGGUAAAACAUUAAUAGCUAGGGCAUUGGCAAAUGAAUGUAGUCAAGGCAGUAGGAAAAUGGCGUUCUUUAUGAGAAAGGGAGCAGAUUGUUUAUCCAAAUGGGUUGGAGAAUCCGAACGCCAAUUGCGAUUGUUGUUUGAGCAGGCUCAACAAAUGAAACCGUCCAUAAUAUUUUUUGAUGAAAUAGAUGGCCUCGCACCUGUUAGAAGUACGAAGCAAGAUCAGAUUCACGCUAGUAUUGUAUCUACUCUUUUGGCGCUUAUGGAUGGUCUCAGUGAUAGAGGAGAGGUGAUAGUUAUUGGAGCAACAAAUAGAAUAGACGCUAUUGAUCCAGCAUUGCGUAGACCCGGUCGCUUCGAUCGGGAAUUAUUUUUCCCUUUGCCUGCUAUGAAAGAAAGACUAGAGAUAUUAAAAAUUCAUGUUAGCAAAUGGAAAAAUCCCCCGUCGGAUCAAUUGUUAGAAGUACUAGCUGAAAAAGCAACUGGUUACUGUGGUUCAGACUUACGAGCUUUAUGUACCGAGGCAGUCUUACAGGGCUUGAGAAGAACGUACCCUCAAAUAUAUAUGACUAGCAACAGAUUACUUUUAGAUCCUGAACGAGUUUCAGUAAAAAAACGGGAUUUUAUACAAGCUAGUUCUAUGCUUAUACCAUCGUCACAAAGAGUAUCACCUUGUUCUCGAAGAAAAUUACAACCUUUUAUGGAACCUCUAUUAGGACCUCCGCUAGAAGAGUUACUCAGUUCGAUAAAGGGGAUAUUUCCUCAAGGAGUCAAUCCUACAAUGGCAAAAGUAAAAAUUAGCACGGGAUUACAUCGUCCGAGGUUACUAAUUUCUGGAGGGAAUCUAUCAGAAGGUCAAGGGCCCCACUUAGCACAAGCGUUAUUGUAUCAUAUGGAACAUCUACCAGUUCAAACAUUAGACGUUAGCACUCUUUUUGCAGAAAGUGGACGAUCUCCGGAGGAAACCUGUGUGCAGGUAUUUAAUGAAGCUGCCAGGAACGUACCGUCCAUAAUUUAUAUACGGUCGAUAGAUCAGUGGUGGCCACUUGUACCUGAAACUGUAAAAGCGGUUUUUUUGUGUCGUAUCGCAGCACUCGCUCCUUCGUUGCCUAUCUUAAUCCUAGCUACGAGUGAUACAACAUAUCAAGACCUCCCUAGCCAACUGCGAAGUCUCUUUAGCGAGCUUCGCGGAGAAGUUUAUUGGAUGAAAACGCCAACAGCGGAACAAAGAUCGAAAUUCUUCCGACAUAUUUUCAUGGUUCAAAGCUUGAAGCCGCCAAAAAUAAAGGACGACAAAGUUGAAGUUUUAGAAGAGCUUCCUUUAGCGCCAGAUCCUAUGCCAAUGAAAUUAACGGAAGAAGAGAAGAAGGUCAUGUACGAAAAGCAAGAAGUUUCCUUGAGAGAGUUGAGAAUUUUUUUGAGGGAGAUUUGCGCGAAACUCGCGAGGAAUAGACAAUUUUUCAUGUUUACUAAACCGGUGGACACGGAGGAGGUACCAGAUUACAAUAUGAUAAUAAAACAGCCUAUGGAUUUAGAAACAAUGAUGACGAAAAUCGAUAUGCACUGUUAUCUUUGCGCUCGAGAUUUUCUUGACGAUAUCGAUCUCAUUUGUAGGAAUGCUUUGGAGUAUAAUCCUGAUAGCUUACGUGAUAGGCCUUCCCUUGGAAUAUUGAAGAGAGAUCCAGCGGACAAGUUGAUAAGACAUCGCGCGUGCUCCCUCCGCGAUAAUGCAUACGCAUUGAUAAAAGCAGAAUUGGAUUCUGACUUCGAAGACAAGUGUCGCGAGAUCUCCAAGACUCGUAGAGUUACCGAUAGCACGUAUAACCACCACGCAGAAAAUAAAAACCAUACAAAAACAGAUCAUUCCGCGUCUACGACCGAACGAGCGUACAAGAAGGAUACAGGAAGUCCUAGUCAUUCUCUUGUCGUAAACGGCAAAAGAUUUAGUAAUUCUAGAAAGCGUCGAAUACCUGCCUGGGCCAGAGGUUACGUGAAGAAAGUUCAUAAAAAGAAAAAAAUUGCAUUCGAUGAUACCGUAACUACAUUUGACACCAAGGUUUGCAUUACCAAUGAAACAACGAGCAUCGAUUUAGACAAAUUCCAAGAAUUCGAAACCGAAGCGAACAGUGUUUUAAACGGGCACGUAAAUUUGUUUGAUAAUUCGGAUUCCGAAAAUGAUUCGCAAAAUGAGAAUUUGAAAGAGGUACAAGGAAUUCAGACCAAUAACGUGAACGAUCAACGCAUCGAUGAACAUGAAAGUAUGGAGAUGUCUUUCACAGAAGAAGAUAAGAAUGUAGAAAAUAGUGGAUCUAAUUCUUCGUCUAGACGAGAAAGUAUGGAUGAAUUAUCGUUCGCUAUUGAAAGUGAUUCUAGUCUAGCAAAAUUCGAAGAAAACGAGAAACUUGUGGUAGAUAAGAAUGAAUUAGAGAGUGCAUGGCAACAUACUGUUAAUGUUACGAAGGAUUUUCCUGUAGAAGUAUUAUGCGACAUUUAUGUUCAACUGAGCCGGUCUGUAGGAAAAUACGCUCAGUGCUACGAUAGAAAAUCACUGCCAAAGGACUUGCUCAAGGAAAUGAAAAGGUUUGAAGAGUUCAAGACAACGUACGAGAAAGUUCAUCAUGUUGCUAACCAAACUGACAUGCUAUAAAGCCAUGUUACUAUCUUUAGCACUAUUAUAACAAAACUCUUUUGUAUAUUUACUCUGAAAAAGGUUACUGCCUAUACUUGUUAAAUCACAUGGUAACUUGAAAUAGUAUCUUCUUAUUUUUGUUUUGGUUUUUGCUGCUGCUGGCUAUUAAAAAGAAGUACUUUUUAUUAUCACACAAAAUAUUAACAAAAAAAAGAAACCAAGUUAUAUUUAAACUUCAGUGUUUAAAGUCGCGGCAAAAUGUAACAGUGCAUAAAACUUACAAACAGAGAAGUAUUAGUAGGAAGUUAAAAGAAAACUGUUGAAACUGUUCGUUUCGACUCUAAAUACGAAAUCGUAAAUUAUUAUAAUCACAUUGGCUUUCAUUAUGUAUAAUUAAUAAUUGAUGUUAGACCUCUCUUCAUCAAAAAUUUUGAUAUCGAUGUAAAUUACUUUAUUUAUUAUUUCUGUCUUUUGGAUGCGAUAUUUAUUAAAAAAAAACAAAAAAAAAAAACAAAAAGAAACAGAAAACAAAAAUAAUAACGAGAAAAUAGAUACAUUCAAAUUAAUUUUCAUAAAAUUAUAAACAAUUUAUUUUUCUUGCAAGUCAAUUUUAAUGGAGUACUUGUGCAAAUUCUGGGUUAAUAUGUAAUAUGUUAUACCUUGAAGAGGUAUACUAUUUCAUAUCAACAAAACUUUGCAAACACUGGUUAUACAAAGAUGAUGGUAAUUUAAUAUAAUACGUACUUAACUAUAGUUUUUUACAUAUGGUAUUUUACAGUACAUUAUAUCAAAUUAUUUUAUUGUACAUUCACACGGUAACAGCUUCAUAAAUGUUAUAAUGUAAAAUGCACUAAAAAUUCUUCAUAUGCACCAGUUAUUACUUUGGAUUUUUACAGUUCUUUAAGUAAAGAUUUUUAGAACAGAUACUUUGAACAUAGACAUAUCUUGAUGCAUAGGUUCAAGCACGCAUAUAUAAAAAACAUAUGUGCCCUGUUUUAAAAAUAUUUAGAGAAAAAUACAAUUUUACUUUGGCAAAAUAAUUUUGCAUAAUUUUGUAACUCUUUUUUUGAAUGAUUAUUCAUCGUGAAUCAUAAUUUUGAUUAAUAAUAUCAAUAAUGAAUUUGUUAGGAAAUUGAUAAAAGCUUAUAAAUUGAUUUCAUAAAAAAAAUAUUGUAAAUACAUUCCAAAUCUUAUAAACAAUGUUAUAUGUUGCAUAUUAGGAACUUUUGGCUUUGUACAUAUUUUAUUUUCAGUAAUAAUUUAUACUAGAUAUCUUUGGUUAUGUUAUUUUCUCAAUUUAUAGCUCUGACUAUAAUGUAUAAAUGAAUUGAUAGGCACUAAAAAUGAUCAUAAUUAAAAAUCACGAAUAAUUUAGUGUAUUAGAUUAAUAUUUACCAUUUAGAAUAACAUUUAACACAAUGACCUUAUAGGAAUGGAUAUAAAAUUUAUUUAAUAUAACGAAAAUGUACAUUGAUACAAUUUUUAUAUCCAUUAAAAAAAUAAGGCAUUGCAGUGUUAUGGAGUUAUUCAGAAUUAGUAGUUGUUGUUUAUAUUAAUACGUUUAAUUAACUAUAAUUGAAGCAGAUAGACAAAUUAUAUGUAAGUGAUCGAGUUUAGUUAUUAUAAAUAAGGUACAAUUGCAAUAUAAUACAUGCUCUUCAAUUUAUUUUGACCAAAGCUAUAAGCCAUAUGCGAAAUAAUAACAAAUAGGUUUUCAUUCUACUGAUAAUGCAAAAGUGGACAUAAUUGAAAACUAUUAUAAAUGUGAAAUACCUCGGUAAAAAUCUUAAAUAUACACAGAAGAAACUAUCUGUAUAAAUAUUAGUUAAUAUUAUAUGUAAACCUUACAUUCUAGAUUCGUAUACUGGUUGUGAUUCAUACUGUAACUGUGAAAGGGUAGUUACCAGAUAAUGUAUGUGAGAUAAAAGAUUCUGACACAUGCUAGAAUGCAAGUAACAAGGUUCUUCCUAUAUUAAAUGAGCAUAUACAUAGUAUUCACGUGAGAACUAUGUUUGCAAAUCAUUUCCUUUAAUCAAUUUUAAUUAUUUAUAUAGGUACACAAAUAGAGUACAUAUAUUUGAAUUAGGAAAUUCUUAAAAGAAUGUUAUGUGAUUAACAAGUAAUACCUGUCUUAGGAAUAUGAUAUGCCAUUAAUAGUACGAAAAUGUAAUACAGUGUGGUUGAAAAGUGAUGUCAACUAGUUUCACACUUUAUUACAUUCGUGUUAAUCAGAAUUUUCAAAUGUGAAAAUGUCUUUAAUUAAUUACAAUAGGUUCACUCUUAAUUUGUAAAUUCAUAAUUAAAAUCAUUGCUGAAUCUUUUUAUUAUCAUUAUUUAAAAUUUAUUAGAAGAUAGAAAUGAAAAGACUGAAAUUUAGAAAUGCUCACUACAUAGUAUUUAUUUUUCUGUAUAUUACACCCUUGUGUGUAGAUUGAAUUAACAAAAUGAUUUUCAUUAUCCUAUCACGUGAUCAUUAAUAAUGUAAAUACCAAAUUUUCGAGAUAAAAUAAUUUUAUAUAUCUAAUUUUAUGAAUACAAUACACAACUAUUUAUGUAACUAAUGUCAUGAUACAUGUCCAAUGUCUUACAGUGAUAUAUUAAUUGAUUUAAAAUAACAAUAAUAUGUAAUAGAAAUACGUCACACAUAAAGACUUAGUUUUUUCAUUAUAAAUUAGUUGUAGUGUUGCAAAAUAUUUAAUUGGUAAUAGCAAAUAAAUAAUUUAAUUUCAUAGAUAAAAUUGCUUCCAUGUUUAAUUGUAAAUCAUCCGAAAAAUGUUCCAUGCAUACUUAUUGUUUUAUAUCCAGUGUUAAAAUUGUACCAAACACUAAAGAAUGUACAUCUAAAAAUCUCUUAAUAAUUCAUGCAAUAUAAAACAUAUUAUGCAAGGAACUUUAAAUUUUAAAAGUAAACUGUAAUAUUGCUCCUAGCUUUUAAAGUAUUAUUAAAAAUUUCAGCGAGACCUAAAAAUUGUUUUGAACUUAUGUACUCAUGUUACUAAAAUUUACAAAAUUUGUAUAAAUUUCGUUUAAUUCAAGAUAUUCUUAAAAUGGAUAUUGCUGAUAUUUGCCAAAGAAAUUAUGUAAUACAUCUCAAUAAUAAAAAUUCAAAUAUUACCUUGACAAAUAGUAUAUGAUACAGAAAAGUCACAUGUACAAUUAACAUUAAUUGCAUUAUUGUGACUUUCCUGUUUCCAUUAAUAUAUUUUACAUUCCACUUUAUUAUAAAGAUUUGAGACGUGUAAUUACUCCAAGAAUAAUUUCUGGUGCUAUUUUCUGAAAUGCUAUCAUCUCUGUAUUACCAAGAACAUUGCGAAUGUACUGUGUAAUUACAUGUAAAUUGUAUUAAUUGAGAGGUUCUCAUAACCACUGCCGUUUGAACUAACUAAUAUAAUUACUUUGCUAAAGUAUUCGGAUAACGAAGAUUGUAACAUUGCUGUCAACAAAGAACACAUUGUGCUAGAGUCUGACAAAAACUCUCAGCAUUUGGUAUUUUGGUGUGGUCUUUGAGAGAUGGUAAUAUUAAGCAUAGGAUGUGUUAAACAUUCAGAAAAGAAAGCAAAAAAAAAGCAUACACUGCCUUAUUUAUUUUACCAUAUAGGUAAUACAUUUUAUUGUCAUUCAUUGUAGCAUAAUAAAUUGAAGUUUCAUAAUGUAAUAACCUGUGUAAUAAUCAAUAUAUCCUGUCAUGUUACUUUUCAUUUUUCAUUUAUAAUUACUAUUGACGAAUUUAUUUAAUUCAAACUGUUCAAAUACUAAUCAUUUUUGUAGACAUGAGACAUUAAAUAUUGAAUUAAAAUUUUAUAAAAUACAUACUUUAUUAUUUUAAUAUUACUUUCUCGAUCUAUUUUCUUAUUGCAUCCUACAUCUCUUCAUUAACCCUCUUCCAUACUUCUUUUAUUGAAACUAUACAAAAACUAUACUUUUGCGUACUGUAUUUUCGAAACGGUGGAAGAUAUUUAAUGCGGCUUUCACAACGAGCGCGAUAAUUCAGCCGCUCAAACUUAUACUUGGAUCGCUCAUUGUAUACAUCAAUUUACAUUCUGUAUUACAUAUAUAGAGAGACAUAUAUAUAUAUAUAUAUAUAUUCUAUAUUAUUCCAUCU